ACACAUUAAACACAGAAAGUCGGGGAGGAGGAAAACCUGGGAAACUGGGAUUGGUUAGAUGUCAGAUGUGGAAAAUCGCAAAACAAACAAACUGUCAAGCAGGUCUGCAGAGCCUCAGACAACACGACUGACGCAAAGCAACAUGAGCGACCUGAAGAUCAGACAUGCGGCGAGACGUGAAACGGCUAAGUUAAAUGCGCAGCUAUCGGGGGUUAAAGAGUUGAUUGGACAAUCUCUAGAUGCCAAAAAGUUUGCCUACUGUCCCUACAGCAAGUUCAGAGUUGGGGCGGCUCUUCUGACACACGACGGGACGGUUUUUACAGGCUGUAAUGUGGAAAACGCUUGCUUCAACUUAGGAAUCUGUGCAGAGAGAGUCGCCAUUUCAAAAGCUGUAUCAGAGGGAUUUAGAGAUUUCAAAGCCAUCGCAAUUGCAAGUGAUAUGAGCGACCACUUUAUUUCUCCUUGUGGUGGCUGCAGGCAGUUCAUGAGAGAGUUUGGUACUACCUGGGACGUGUAUUUGUCCAAACCUGAUGGCUCUUAUGUGGAAAUGAGAGUUGAGGAAUUACUGCCCGCGUCUUUCGGACCAGACGACUUAAAAGUGAAGAAAAUUAAGGUUUUAAAUGAAGUCUGAUGUGGUAGAGGAUUUUAGACAAGAAUGUUACUUAAAUGAGGAUCUAUACCUGAAAAUUUUGCUGAAAGAGGUGUUAAAGGAAUAGUUAAAAAUACACUUUUUGUAAUCAUUAUAUCACCUUUAAGUUGCUCCAAAUUUGCCCCCACUUUACUGACUUGAAUGAGUGAAAAACAAGCAAUGCAACGUUGCAAAAAUAUGUUUUUAGAACCAAAAAGCCUGACAUUUGUCAAAUUAAGUAUGUCGGAAAAUAACAUUAUCACAACCUUUUCAUAACGUGAAAAAAAAGAUAAAGUUUUUGUCUUUGCAUCAAACGCGUCUUCACGCAAGUUGAAAAUAUUCAACUUAAGCGAAAAAUUUGCAUGACACAAGUUUAAAUCCUGUGAGUAAUCUAGAGCGAGAAACGCAAUGCGGUGCAUUUGGUGUAUUUCACAUUAUAUGCACACUUAUGCUACGUACACACCAAAUGCGAAGCAACGCAUUCCUUGUUCUAGAUUACUUGUGAGUUUUAAUAUUGAGUUGAAUUUAUUCAAUUUACGCAAAGACACGUUUUAGGUGAAUGUUUUUGUGCCAAACGCACCGCCCAACUUGCGUCAUGAAAAUUGUCAAGUGAAAAAUUAGCAUGACACAAAGUUAAAUCCCGCGAGUAAUCUACAGCGAGGAAUGCGUUGUUUUGCGUUUGGUGUGUGUCCAGCAUUAUGGGACGUACACACCAAAGGCAAAUAGAUUGCAUACAAAUGUUAAAUCCAGCAAGUAAUCUAGAGCGAGCAACACAGCAUAAAAGUACUAAGGUGUCCUUUUUGAAAGGGAAAAACGAGCACUGCAACAAAAUGAAAGAUAAACUGAAGAAUGUUUUACACAGAAUGGAAAGCAAAAUAUUUCACCAGAUGAAGAUAGUAUGUCAUGAUAAUUGAAAUGUAAUAAUUUUCAAGCAAUGCACUUGUGAUGAUUUGGCCUUAAGAAAAUGAAGCAUGGUUAAACAAUUUAUUUGUAGUAAGUAACCACUAAUUUACUAUGUUCUUACCAUAAUAACAAUGGUAUUUGAUUGGUAGUAAAACUAUGGUAAUACAAAUUGUAAUUUAUCUGCUAAAAUCAUGGUUAUUACAAAAAUAAAAUGGUUAAUUUUCCAUGAUGAUAACUGUAAAUAUGGCUCACAGUGGAUGUGAAAUGAGAGUUGUGUCUUACUAUGCUAUUUUACUCCGAUUUUGAUGUUUACUUUAAAACUGUAAAUAUGAUAUGCACAAAAGUAAAGUGUUUCUAAAAUAUGAAAUUGUGCUUCUAAAAGCAGGGUAAAGAUGAAUGUCCAUCUUUAACUAUAGUAAAUAGUUGACUACUUGAGACAAAAAUAUUUGCCUACCCCUUAUCCAACAGGUAGCACAACAUGGGCACAGUCACCCUAAAAAUGUGAUCCACCAGUACUGUCAAUCUGAUGUCUAUAUGCCAUUGGAUCAAAGUGGUAUGAGUAUCAGUUACAGCUUGAUCAUUAAUUACAUGUAAAGUUUGCACUUUCAGCGCUUAACACCACCAUUAGAUCAAAGGAUUCAAAGGUCAAUUUAAAAAUUGGUUCAAUAAAAAGAACACAAAACUCUUUAUCCCUUAUAAAAUUUUAAAGACAAUGAAAAACAUGGUAAAUUUUUUAUUUAACUGCUCUGUUGAAUUUAAUGCAUUAAAGUGUUACAUGAUCACAUGA